AGGGUAAACACACACAGCCUCUCUUACUGUAUGCUGAGCUACAGCUCUGGUCUGGUCUUACUGGUGACACUAGUUGGUUGACUGACGUGUUCUAACCGAGCCAACCGUCUUACUCUCACGGUGCUUCACUUGAACAUCUGGACAGAGAGGUUCAGCCAAAAGAAGAAGAGGAAGAGGCUUUGUGUUGUCAUGGUGAGACUGAUGUUCAUCACCACGUCACGCUCUGGCUUCCAUCCCUCCUUUUGUGUUCAGAGACCAGCGGACCAUCAGGCUGCUUGUAUCACUGGUCGUUUGUAUGAGUCCAUGUUGUGUUGAGCAAGACAUCUUCAGCCAAUGGACCCAAGCAACGCCUCCUCCUGACCAGGUCGUCAUGGACGCUCUACACACCGGCAACGAAUCAUCGACCAGCCUGCCCGGAUCCCGGCAGGCGGACUCGGCUCGGCUCUGCCCCCCUCUUGGGACCCCCCCCCCGGCCAGCCCGCUCACUCACCUGGGGACACUGCUGGCGGGACGCGACGCUGCGGGCUCCGGGUGUGACAGACUGGAUCUGGGCUUUCAUCAUCAGUUGGGAGCACAUAGGGAACCAGGAAGAGAAACUCAUGCUGACCAGAGCGUCACUAUCCUGCACGCCAAGGUCGCUCAGAAGUCCUACGGAAACGAGAAGAGGUUCUUCUGCCCUCCUCCUUGUGUUUACAUCAGCGGUGAUGGAUGGAGGGUCAUGCAGGACCAUCUGAAAGCCAGCGGCCGGGGGGGUGACUCGGCGUACCGGCUGUGCGGUUACAUGUGCCUGGACAGCUUCGCUCAGUCUCAGGCCGACUCCUUCAAGCUGGCCUUCGACGAGCAGCAGGACUCCAGGAUGUUUGCCUCUGCCAAGUCCCUGUUCAUCUCCGACCAAGACAAGAGGAAGCAUUUCUGCUUGCUGCUGCGGCUGUUUGUGGGCCACCGACUGGAAGUGGGUUCGUUCCAAAGCCGGAUGAUCAAAGUCAUCUCCAAGCCGUCCCAGAAGAGACAGUCCAUGAAGAACGCCGACCUGUGUAUCUCCUCCUGCUCUCGAGUUGCUCUGUUUAAUCGUCUUCGCUCUCAGACCGUCAGCACUCGCUACCUGUCGGUGGACAGAGGAGCCUUCAUAGCCAGCGCCAGGCAGUGGACCGCCUUCACCAUCACCCUGGUGGAGGACCAGGGUGCUGACCAAGGAGACUUUGUGCUGAGCGAAGGCUUCAUCUGUUACGGCUGUGUGGUCCAGUUAGUGUGCACCGAGACUGGAGCUGCUCUGCCGCCCAUGGUCAUCCGUAAGGUCAACAAGCAGCACGCCAUCCUGGACGUGGACGAGCCCGUCUCUCAGCUCCACAAGUGCUCAUUCCAGCUGCGAGACGACCCUCAGGCCUACCUGUGUUUGUCCAACGACGUCGUCGGGCUGCACCAGGCGCCUUCCAGUGCCAAGGACCCCAGCAGGGUGGUGCUGAACGACGGGUCCUGCUGGACCAUCAUCGGGGUGGAGGCGGUAGAGUUCACCUUCAAUCAGGGACCCUCCUGCAUCCAGACACCAGUCACUCCUUUUCCUGUCAUCACAGGGUUAGAGGUUAACGGUGGAGGACAUGUUGCUACACUGGAGGUCCACGGAGAGAACCUGAGCCCUCAUCUCAAGGUGUGGUUUGGAAACAGCGAGGCUGAGACCAUGUUCAGGUCUCCUCAGUCUCUGCUCUGCGUCGUCCCAGACGUCUCCAUCGUCAGCGAGGGCUGGCGACGCCUGAGGCACAUCACGACCGUCCCACUGUCGCUCCUUCGAUUGGACGGCCUCAUAUAUCGCACCGCCUUCAGCUUCACCUACACACCGGAGCUCCGGCCGCCCCUGUGUGGAGCGGCAGGAGGAUGGAGGCGGGAGGGGGGCUCAGAGGGAGGCCAGCCGGACGACGUCCUGCUGGAGACCAUCCAUCAGGAAUUCACCAGAGCCAACUUCCACCUCUUCAUGCAGAGCUAGCUCACCUGUCCUGCAGGCUGGCCUCCAUGAGCCGGGGUUAUGCUCUGACCUCAUCUUCACCACGCUUGGCAUUCACAUGCUCGGAAUGAUGUCAGAGUAAACGUCACCGUCAUGUGCAUCUAAAGCUAAAGGCAGAUUGUCAGAUAGAGAAAUAUCAGAAUCUUAAUUGCUGUAAUGCGAGUAGAAACAAGGAGGCAGAUCUGCAUUAUGCUCGUCAUAUUUGCAAAACGUCUGAACCGAGAAGAGUUUUGUUCUAAAAAGAUGUCUUCAUAUUCUAAUUUAUAUUUCCAAAUGAUCUAUGAUUGAUGCUAAACGAUCAAAGUCAAUAAUCACUGCCUAAGCUGUAUCAACAUAAAUCAAUAAAUUGGCUACAUGUGA